AUGGCGGCCCCCCGGUAUCAAUCCAACGAGCUGCGGCGCCAGGUCGGCUCGCCGAGAGUCAAACCCAGAGAAAACAAAGAAACGCUCUGCCGAAAUGUUCUGAUAUAUGGCCAUUGUCGCUACGAAGAUCAGGGCUGCACCUUCUCACACGACCAGCACAAGGCAAACAGCCAAAACCAAAACCAACAAGACCCAUCCAAGAAAUCUUUAAAUGUCGAGUCGCCGUCUUUUACCCCGGCCAAUCUCGGCCCCACGGCGGCUGUCAAAAAGUCGUUUACUUCUCAGGCUGCUAAUGCGCCGUCUUUUACCCCACGCGGAAUAGAUAUAGCUGGCAACUCGACUGAAGGGGACGCCGCCGUCUUCAACCCUGCCGCCAUUCGCGAAUUCACGCCAUUUGAUCCCAAUGCCUCUUCCACCAACGGAGGCUCUGCCGAUGGACCUCCGUCAUUUGAUCCCUUCAAUAUGGGGACCGUCACUCAAGGUCUCCCGGGGGCCGCGCCCUUCAAUCCAUACGCCGAGAACCAUGGAACCUUGGCCGGCGCAGCGCAUCAAUUCUAUCAAGGAAGCCAGUUCCCACCACAGCCACUACAAUAUCACCUGUAUGCGCCUGUCGGACCCCAUCGCGAAGACCUCAUGCAGUAUCACCGCGUCACCCAUGACUUCUUCAUCCCCGACAAGCUGCGAGAAGAGAUGCAGCGCAAAUCGGAAGCGUCGCUGCAAGUGAUGCCCAACUCACAACUACCCCAGCUAGACAACUACCAUUCACUGGUUGCACUUGACACAACAGCCCAGCGCAAGAAUGUCAACAUUUUUGGAUACCCCAGCUGGAUAUACAAGGGAACCUCAUCCAAAACCGGCAAUAUUUACUCCCUGCGCCGCAUCGAAGGCUUCAGGCUUACGAAUGAGCAUGCGAUCAGAUCUGUCAAAGAAUGGAGACGAAUUGACAACGCCAACGUUGUCACUAUCCAUGAUGCAUUUACCACGAGAGCCUUUGGCGACAGUUCCCUCAUAUUUGUGCAAGAUUACCACCCUUUAGCCAAGUCACUGGCAGAACAUCAUUUGACUGCAAAUCCUGUCCAUGGACAACGAUACCAGCCAAAGUCACCCGUCUCCGAGGCCGUGCUUUGGUGCUAUAUUUCACAAAUUGCCAACGCACUCAAGGCUAUUCAUUCGAGCAAUCUGGCUGCUAGGUGCAUCGAUGUCAGCAAGAUCCUGCUGACAGGUAAAAACCGCAUCCGCCUCAACGCUUGUUCUAUUCUGGAUGUUGUGCAGUUCGAUAAUCGUCGUCCCCUUCUCGAGCUACAACAAGACGAUUUUGUACAAUUCGGCCGCUCCAUACUCUGCUUGGCUACUGGAACCCUCCCAGUGCAUCUAAAUAACAUUACAGCAUCUCUGGAGCAGAUGAGCAGAACAUACUCAGCAGAGCUUCGCGACACCAUCAUUUGGCUUUUCACGCCAGCGCAGACCCCUGCACAGAAGACAAUCGAUGAAUUUAUCCGAGGUGUUGCAGGUCAUAUUGUGACCACACUGGACCAGAGCCAGCACCAGGCAGAUGAGCUCAAUACGGAGCUCUACCGGGAGCUCGAGAAUGGCCGUGUAGCAAGGCUUUUAAUGAAGCUCGGCGCCAUCAACGAGCGGCCAGAGUUUGAUGGAGAUCGAGCAUGGUCAGAAAACGGCGAGCGCUACAUGCUGAAGCUCUUCCGUGACCACGUAUUCCACCAGGUGGAUAGUAACAACAACCCAGUGCUGGACAUGGGUCACAUGCUGCGCAAUCUCAACAAGCUUGAUGCGGGGACGGACGAGAAGAUUUGUCUGACGAGUCGAGAUGAGCAGACUGUUUUUAUUGUCAGCUACAAAGAAUUGAAAAAGCAGCUGGGGAGCGCUUUCAAUGACUUGCAAAAGAGCAAGCAAGGAAGGGGCAUCUAG